AUAUCCGGUUUUUCCAGUACAUCAGUCUUCUCCGUCUCCACGAUGGAUCAAUGGAUACCGGUACGCACUCCUUCGUUUUGCGAUCACAACAAUCUUGUCCGCAGCAUAUCCAUCGAACCAUUGGUUGUGAGGAUGCGAUCAGACGUUAACCUUGACAUAUACUUUGACCCAAACGUGAAUGGUAUUUUGAAAGAGAGCGGGCUUCACUCCAUCAAUUUUGAUCGCGAUGGGGAUGUGCUAACGACUGAUGCUUAUUAUUCAGAUAAGGGAUUCAGAAUUUGGACAUUGGCGGAAGUAUCUUCUGGUGUCUUGCUUGUAGAACUUGAUCCAAAGUUUGUACCUUCCGACAACAACAAAACAACUGUUCAAAAGCGCAUUGAGAAAGUUCGGUAUCACAGAGAUAAAGUGAAUGGAUCAUACUACGGUGGAGAUGUUCAUAGUUGGCAGAGGUAUACACGUCAGUUGCCUCUGGCAUGCCAAGUUACCAUUGAUCGAGAUGCACAUGCCCUCUUCAUUCAGUCUGAUUCAUCUCUUCAAAGUGGGAAGUGGUAUGCAAUUGUACUUCAGCAUCGAGAAAAUCAUUGCACUUGUAGCACUGACAUCUACCAUUUUCACUUUGCAAACCCAGAAUGCAUUGACAGGUACGAGAUGGAUCAAGGGCUUGUAAUUAGUGAUGCAGUGCUUCCUUUUCGGUAUUCACAAACAAAAAUUAGGGUGUCGACUCCAGCAACAUCCCCAUCCCCCAGCCUUGAAGAAACCCUGAAGUCACAUGCUGUAGAGGAACAUCGUCAGAAAAUGAAGUUCCUUGAAGAUGAACAGAAGAUCAAACUGAAUUACCUAGAGGAAGAACAGAAGCUCAAAUUGGAAGUACUACAGCUAAAGAAGCAAGUAGAGCAAAGGAAAUUAGAUCUUAUUAAGAAGCACCAAGAUGCCAUUUAAAUAUUUGAGUGAUUGGAAAAAUAAGUUUGGUUCAUUUGUAUUUAACCAUAUUCCGGGUUAUUUGAACCCAUCUAACAUUUUUUUAAAGCCUUUUUUAUGUAUUUCUUGUUUUUUUUUUACUUUUUGUGUUUUUGUUUUUCAGAUGGAAAUCAUUGCAGACAAAAUCUGCUCAUAAAGAGCAAAAAAAUUAAUUGAUGUUAAUCAGAAAAAAGUAGAAAUGAUUAUGAAUUUUUGGUUAGAAACACAAUUUGAAUUUGAUUUGUACAUGAAUAUGGUCAUAUGUCAUGAGCUCGCCCCCUCAAAAAGGGUGGUGCUGUUACACGCUUUGGCUUCGUGCUAUAGUAAUUCUUAAUUACUUUCAAAACCAUAGAGGCUAUUCCAACAAAUUUAGUAUCAUUUUAAAGCUGAAUUAAUAAGGCAAUAGCCUGGAAAGUUUCAUUGCUGUAGACUUUAUAGAACUUGAGAUAUAGCUACAUGUAGCUCUCAAAAGUCAGGACACCAGAGGUGAUGAGUGGUGGUGCCGGAAGCAGCGCUCCCGGAAGCGGCGCCGCCUGUACAAAGUCAAUGGGAAAACGUAAUUUCUGGUGCAAUUUUUGGGAAAACAUCAUUAUUUUUGUCAAAACUUGGCUUAAACCUACAAACUUGGUAUCAAAUUAAGGCUAACAUACUCCACUGUCUAAUGAUUGAAAAGUAGGUUUGGCCAUGUCAUAGACCUGUGUGAUAAGGUUGAAACAUAAAAAACUGAUAAAUUUGUAAUGUCUUAAUUUUGACAUUUCUUCCAGUUUGACACAUAUUUGAAUUGAAUGACAGUUAAUGUUAACUAAACUUGCAUCGAUUGCAAAAAAAAAACACUUCCUAUAAUUCUGAGGGGAUGAAAAUACUGCUCAGUAUUAAGACAAAUCAUCCAAAUUAUUAACUGACAAAGGUCUAUGACCUUCAAACAUCCAGAAAAUGUGUUACGAAUUUUAGAAUGUUUAGCAUUAUUUUCUUAAAAGUACCAAGUUUGUACAUCUUCACUGAUGUCUUAUUACACAUUCAUGUAUACAUAUUUCACUAAAUACACACACUGACAUUAAAAAGUAAGUGUUUGUGUGAAAUGGUCAAAAGGAACCUACCUCAAAUGCUAUACCAAAGGACUGCAUACUAUAUUUUGGCUUUGAACUCUUCAAAACCCGCCAUGGCUUUAAACUAUCAAACACAGACUAUGUGGAUAUAAUGUGUGCAAUUGCACUUCAGAAACUUCUUUCAUGAAGCUGCAGAACUCAUAUAAAUUUAUGUAUGUUUGUACAUACAGCAUCUGCAAACUUGUUUCAUUCUUUACCCCUGAACCUACAGUGUAUAGACAUUGUCUCUUGCAUGUCAUCAUCACUUGGCAGAUCAUUGUAAUAAGAGCCUUGGUAAGCAAAUUGUGUAACUUACAUGUACAUUUCAAUUGUUACUUUUCCUUUGAAUUGUUUACCGGUAUGUACCAUCAAUUCCUUUUAAAAUGUUAAUAACUUAUACAUUCUGAUGUACAAGGCAAAGAAAACCCAACAAAUGUUGGUAUUGCAAGCAUGAUAACACCUGAUAUAUAUAGUAUACGAUUCCUGAAACGCAUGAUUUUGGGGGGCUAAAGUCAGGGUCAAUUUUCAGAUCAUUAAUUGAACAUGAACGCUACACAAUUAUAUAUUGUUAGAAAGGUCUGAAUGUGUUCUGUCAUAAUAUAGUAUUAUUUUUGUCAUAGGGGGACUACACCAAAUUUUAUGACAAAAACCAUGAGAUUAAAAAAAACAUCAGAAUUUCCCUAUUCAAGUCCAUGUAAAACUGUUGACUUACACCUAAUUUUAUUUUUGAGUGCAGAUUUGGAUUCCUUGUGCAAUUUCCUUUCAGAAAAUGUAUACUUUUGCUAUCAUAGGGUGUAUACUUUGUCAGAUAAAUGUUUUUAAAGUUGAAAGUG